UAAGAUCCGAAUCGUUCUUCUUUGCCACCACCACCUUUUUUUUUCUAUGAAUCCAUAAUUAUUAUGAGUCGAAGUAUACUUCGUCAUUACACCCUAAGCCAAGUUCCACAUCAAGACAAGCGCGAGAAUGUGCAAAAGUUCAUCAAUCAAUCUGCUCUGAUGCUGUCCAAGCCACAAAAGUCACACAAGCUCGAAAGAAAGGCAAGGGAGUAUGACUUGGAAUCAAACACAGUAAGCGAUGCAAACUCUAUGGCAUUACAGCUUUCAGAUCCAUCUACUGACAUUUUGGACGGAAAGCGAGCUGUAAAGAAGCGUUUGAGAGAUCGAAAGAGGCGAAGGAGGCAUUUGGCUGAAAUGCGAAGAUCGCCGCCUCAUCGUCAUUCCUCUCCAUCUUCUUCUCGUCGCAGACAUUUCGGUCGAAAAAUUGAAGAAAAGAAAGCCAGAAAGCGAGCCAGGAAGAGCAGCCCGCCAGUCAUUCAGGAUCGUAGUCGCUCCAAGGCCGACAGGAUUCGCAAAGAAUCAAGAUCCAAAGAAAAAGAGAAAUCAACAAGGAAUAAAUAUUUGGAUCUCUUCCAAUUCAAUGGCGCCUCUACUUUGAAAAGGGAAAGAAUUACCAUUCCACAGCCUAAGCUAGGCAUUUUUAGUAGAGGCACGGCAAACCCUUACUCUGUUGACAAGGCUAGAGUGAAGGACAAGAAGAGGAAGAGGAGCCCCUCAUGGUCAACAGAUGACGAAUAUUAUGAGUCUUCGAUGGCAGCUUCGAUGUCUGGGCCUCCAUCUUUUGAAAUCGAUGAGGGAGAUCCAAGUCGCAUUCGGGCUUUGGAGGAGCAGAUCAAAGAGCUGCAAACUACUGUGAAAAGUCUCAACUCAUCAAAGAAGCACAACGUACAAGCGAACGAGAUCAAUACUAGAAACAAGGAUAUGGAACUGCAUCACGAAAGCGCCAGAGCCUCCCGUCAGUCUCCUCCAACACACAACAACCAUACCGUUGUUAACCUUGAUCAUAUGCCUUGGUCUCGUGACCCUGUCCAGCAAAAACAAGCUGAAUCAGUCAUUCAAGACGACCCGCCGCCAGUCCUGGCGUUCAAUGGUGAUAAGCCUGAUGUGCAUCCUAAUGGUUGGCGAGCCCAACAUAAAUUGCAUGAUCCUGGCUUGCAAGCAAUUCAGAAACGAUUUGUUGAUGCAGGAGGAGCAAAUUUCGUUCCUGCAGCGUCAACCUCGGUACCGAGGGCCGAUCAACAAAAGAAUAUGAAUCAAGAGCUGGAGAAUUCUGAGGAGGCGGCGCAACGGCAAAUUGCAGCAGGACCAUGUCAAGCUGAUAGAUCUGUGCAUCCUAUACAAAGGCAAGCUCGAGCCACUUACGAGAUUCUCGGAGCAGAAGAUGAAAUGGAAGAUCAUUACAGCAAUCGUGAUGAAUAUCACCUUAGGGAUCAAUUUGAUCUUUUUAGCUAUGAUGUCCCAGGAAAUGAUUAUGCUGUGGAGCGUAGUGUACGUAUUCGUCCUCAAGCAGCUUUUAGACACAAUGCGUAUUCGUUACCCGACACCACAAACGAAAAAGUGGAAUAUGCGAACAGAUUUCGCGGAGCGCCCGCCUAUGAUUUUGACAAGCAUUUUGAUCACGGUGGAUUUGCAGGAAAUGCAAAUUUGCAAGAUGAAGGAACAUACGAUGGCCACGUGGAUAGAUUUCCACAGCAGAUCAGUGAUGUGGAAUUAAAUUAUGGUGAAGCUUUAGCGCAGGCUGAUCCUCAUGGAGCACCAUCGAGACAGGAUCCGGAUCCUCUAGGCGAUUACGUGAAAGAUAGAGUUGCCGUUAUUAAUUAUACGUACCAAGAACCGGUUCUUGAAGAAGAUCAGUACGUCUACACCCCUGACGAAUAUACGAACGACGAUUCCUAUGAACAGCAAUAUGCAGACACAAUUUAUUCUACUGAAUAUUCACCAAUCGUUGAUUAUUCAAAUUAUACAAACAAGCAUCAAGAUUUGAACGAAGAUGAUCUUGAAGGCUUUUGGCAUCCGCAUCGUCUUAUUUAAAUGUACACAAGCUCACAUCCUGGCUACCUCCGUAUUGUAGUGAUUAGCGAUUAUAUAUUCUAAAUAUUUAGUACAAAUAUGA